AUGACUUCUCGACGAAGCGCCGUGGCUGGCGAUGAUGGCACAGCCUUGACGACAAUCCCAUCAUCGCCAAAGGAGGUUCAACACCCUCCGCGCACCUUUCGCGACGUGGUCCCCCGCCAGGCGCAGUUUCCUAUCGCUGUUGCGACAAGCUUUGCGAUGGCUUCGCUUGGAUACAGCUUGCUGGGCGAGCUUACCAACGGCGAGCUUGCUGCUCUGAGCCGAAGCCAGGAUACUUGGGCAGAGGUUUCGCUUCUUGCCGGAUGGAGAGUGAUUGAGUUGACGCUGGGAUGGUAUGGCAAGCUGGACAGCCUCGAUGUUGCGAUGCUGAAUCUUCUCGCCCAUGGCCCUCACUACUACCUCCUCUCAACCUUCUAUGAGCUCAACUGGACUAUCUCGGCUUCGGCUCUUGCCAUUGACGUUCUUUCAAUCGCUGUGCCUUUCUUCCUCCUUCGCCCGCUCUCUACUAUCCAUACACCUUCAGCUGCCGCAGCUGCAGGUCUGCCCAACCGCGAGCUUCUCGAUCUUCCCCUCCAGACGUACACGGCCGCUCUAUCAACGGGCAUCUACACCGUUGUCCUCGUCCUGUCGCUACGAUUCAUUCUGCCUCGCAUUCUGGUUGUCAACUACUCAGGAGUGCCGACAUUGGAGCCCGCCUAUAAUGCUUCGUAUGCUGCCAUUCUCCCCGUGACGACCCUGUUCGGCAUCGCCGCUAGCACUUUUAUCUUUGCGCCUUUCGCCACGACAGCACGUGCCAAGGAGGACGACAAGCUUAACGAGUUUGAUCCCGUGGCUGCAUCUCUCGGGGAGACCGUUUGGUGGAAUGUGUGGGGUUACACUGUCAAGACCAAGGUGGUUAUUCGUCGAACAAUUGUCGUUGCCCUUGUCACUGCAGUGAACACGUUCCUCGCCUCGUCCAAGACCUUGUAUCGUGUCGAUGCCUCUGGAGCUGCCGUGUAUGCGGGCGUCUGGGCAUUUGCUGCCAUCUGCAGCGGUAUUGGUCUGGGCUUCGUGGGCGGAGAUUAA